CUGUUGAAGGAAAGGCGCGGCAACAAAAUCAAACCCUCCAUCGUCGCCGAGAACGAAAACCCUAACACUCUUCACUUAGGAAUCAUGGAGAAAGAGGUGAUUCAAGCGGAGCUGGUGUUGCCCAACAAGCUGAGCUUCAAGAGGGUUCAGAUGAAUGAGAAGUACCCCAAAGGCCAACCCAGAGGGAGAUGGAAACACCUCAAACAGAUCAUUCAGGCUGAGAAUUACCAGAAUUACCCUCCUGAUGAACCCAAUUAUGUUAAUAUAGAGUCACCACCCUCGAUGCAUCCAUGCAAGAGAAUUUGUGAUAUAACAGGAUAUGAGGCACCUUACUACGAUCCAAGAACCAACCUCCGCUACGCCAAUGCAGAAAUCUUCAAGCAAAUAAGAUCGCUUCCCAAUGAACACGUUCAAAGAUAUCUGGCUCUGAGGAAUGCUGCUGUGGUUUUGAAGUAGCUUCAGAAGGCAUCAGGACUCACAUUUCCUCAGUUAGAAACUUAGCAUAUUGUAAAAGUAUUGGAUAUGUAAAAGCAGUAUUCUAAUUGCGCAUGCAUAGGUUGUUGUAUGCAUCUUACUUUCCGAGAGGAGUACUUCUGACGAAGCAAGUACAGCGGCCCAUAUAAGCCUUCAUGAUUUCCAGAGAAGUCGUCUGUUGCCCACACCCAAUGCCAAUAAUGAUUCAACAUAGGGUGCCCCUUUUUACUUUUAUAUGUUAUAUAGUCUCCUUUUCCCGUCUCUUAUCCCUAUUUUGCCUUCGCUACACAAGUGACACAACGAGCCAUUGCAAUUCCCUCUCCUUGUUUGUGUGCACAAUACGUUCGUCAAUGGAUGUGGAAAUCACGUGCAUUCAUAAGGUUCUCCAAAGUAAUGACUUGAUGUCAAUUCGUUCUCCCAUGCCUUGGUCCUCUCACUAGUAGUGCUCAAUUGUCUUUAGAUCUAAAUGUAACGAUAAAGAAUACUAUCAUGUUUUUAUAUUAUUUUUUUUAAUCAUGAUCAUUCAUGUA